AUGGCGAAACUCUACACCAUCCGCGCCUCCUCCGGCGCCGGCCUCGGAAUCUUCACCACCCGCCCCAUCCCCGCGGGCACCGUCCUCCAAACCAGCAAACCAAUCCUCAAACUCCCCCGCAACAAACACGACACUUCGCCCACAGCACUCCAAACCGCCUUCUCCCGCCUCCCACCCGAAAUGCAACAAACCUUCCUCGCCCUCCACGACAACCCCGCCCUCCCUUACACCAGCCGCCUGAUGCGAAUCUACAAAAGCAACUGCUUCGGCGACGAGGCGCACGCGUGGAUGUGGCUUGAUUUCUCGCGGUGUAAUCAUUCCUGCCACCCCAAUGCGGAGAUUGCGGAGGUGGAGGAUGAGGUUGGGGGAGCGAAGUUGGUUGCUAUGAGAGCGCUGGGGGUUGGGGAGGAGGUGCGCAUUUCGUAUUUGGGUCCUUUGGAGGAUGGGCCUGGACUGGUGAGGAGGAGGUUUUUGAAGGAGACGUAUGGGUUUGAGUGGGAAUGA